UUUCGUGCAAAAGUUCUCUACUUCAACAUUAAAUCACACCGACUGACUCUUCUCUAUGGCGGCUACACAACCAAUUUGAACCUUUCAAUCCUUACCACAAAUAUAUAAAUCCACAUUCACAAUUCUAAUGAAAUUGGUAAUUGAACCAUAUAUUUGCAUGCAAUACAAACACCAAAAAGAUCACAUAAACUAAACUAAACUAAACAAGCUUCAAAAGCAUAUAUCUUACAUGUGUAUGUUAAAGGUGGCGAAUCCAAGAGACAAAGUUGUUGUGAAGACUGAAUUCAAUGAUCCUACAUUGUCAACGGAAAUGGGAUUUCUAUUUCCAGGUAUGAAUAGGGAGAGAGAGAUGAAUGCAAUGAUUUCAGCUUUGACUCACAUAGUCUCUGGAGAUGUUCCAAUAAGUGGUAGUGAUCAUAAUCAUAGUACAAAUAUUGCUUUCACACCAAACAUUAAUAUGUCUUCUCCUUCUUCUUCAUCUUCUAAUUAUGUUGCUAGUUCUUCUCUCAAGAGAACUAGGGAAGAUGAAUUCUUACACCAUCGUGGUAUUGCUACCUCCCCUGCUUUGCCAACAACAACAAAUAGAGAAAGUUCAAGCAAUAGGACAAGAACAAUAGCAAUAGCAACAAGAGAAAUGGGAAAUGCAGUAUACGAAUAUAGAAGAACAGAGAGCAUAGUAAGAGAAGGUGAAGAGAAGAGAAAAUACAGAGGAGUAAGACAGAGACCAUGGGGAAAAUGGGCUGCAGAAAUAAGAGAUCCAUUCAAAGCAGCAAGAGUAUGGUUAGGUACAUUUGAAACAGCUGAAGCAGCUGCUAGAGCAUACGAUGAAGCUGCUCUUCGUUUUAGAGGAAACAAAGCAAAACUUAAUUUCCCCGAAAAUGUUACACUUCGACAACUACCUCCCACAACAACUCAAUGGAACAUUUCUAAUUCACCAACUUCACUUGUUUCUAUUACCACCUCCACUGACCCUAUUGUUCACACUCAACCUCUUCCAACUUCUCAACUUUCAACCAACUUUUAUCAACAUUUUCAUAUUCAUGCAGGGAAUGUUUAUGAUGAUGAUGAUGAUGAUAAGAAGGUUGUUAUGACGUCUACUAUGGCUUCUCAUCUUCAACCUUCUUCAUCGUCGUCUGCUUCUUCUUCUAUACAGGCCAAUUCUUCACUUUCUUCAUUUUAUUCUACACACUUACCACCUUGGUCAGCUUCCUCUCACAGCUCUUCUUCCUCUCGAUGAUAUAUACAUUUUUAUUUAGUGUAAUUUUCUUGUAUUUUAGAUAUUUGUUUUCGAUUAAAUACAAUUGUCUUUUACUAAAUAUUUUUCAGAAACCUUUAUAUAUCAAUUCAUUCAUAAUUCAUGAUUUU